CGCCCAAUCUGGAGAUCCCCUGACAGAUUUAGCCAAAAUGGCCGCCCCCUGAGUGGGGACAUCACAACUCGACUCACUAGUGCCCUGAAAACAACACUAUCUUUAGCAUUAUAAUAAUGUGUGUCCAAUGGGUCAAUUUGUUCUCAACUAAUUUCAUUGGACGAGCAUCUAGUCAAGAGCUACGGACUGUAGAGGAGGUGAACAACUACUGUCUUGACCCCUAUGAUAUUUCACAUGCUGAAGAAUGGCAGGAGGAGCUGCAGAAUCUUUUAAAGAGGAAACAGCAGCUGAAGUCGGAGCUGUUGGCUAUUACACAAGAACAGAAACUGGUUUGUGAAUGUUUUGAAAAUCCAGUGCAAUGGAUGGAAACACACCAGUCAGUUGAUAAAGACCUCGCCAAGUCAGAUGAAGUCCUGUCAGAAGUCAAUUCCCUCCUGAAGGAGAGUGCAGUGAAGAUAGAUCGGACUGUCGAUUCUGCUUUCGAGGCACUCUCUGUACUUCGAGACACCUUGAGAACUUCAGAACAGAAAGUGGCUGCUCUUGAGUCUGAGCUCUCUGAUCACUUGAGCGGUCAAACAGAUUCUGAGCUCCAACUGUCCUCACUGCACAAAUUACAAAGAGGUGAAAAGUCUGCCUCAGAAAAACUGUGUCUGCUCCUAGAAGCUGCAAAGGCAGAGCAGGAGGUUCUUAAGAAUAGGCUGCACAGGUUACAAUCAAAUUUGGCAUGCUUGCAACAAAUUUCAGGACCUCAACAUCAACUGGAGUCUGACAGUCAAAGAGAACUUGCACGGUUGACAGACUUAAAGACUGAUAUUGAACAGCUAUCAGAAGUUCAAUGCAUUGUGAGGGAUGGACGAACCAUAGACGUUAUCUUUUCACCGCAAGCUAAACGUUGCAGAAAAAUGCCUUCAGAAAUGGAAGGGCAAGUCAGUGGCAGUGUUCAACUGGUGGCCACUCUUUGUUUUAAACAACUCGCAGAUGACAGUCUCCACUUGGGUGAUGUGAAGUUGAAUGAAAAUGUUCUUGGAUCUGAGGAAAUCAUUGAGCGUGCAAAAUCAUCUUUAGACAUCCCUACUCUCAUUAUGGAGAUGAAGUCUCUUUGGGUGUCGUCAGUGACUUUGUUUUCUGAAAUCUCCAAUAUUAGAGAAAGACAUGCAGUAGAUUGGAUCCAAGAGGAAAGUGUCCUACGAUUGAUGGUGAAGAAGGGUCGGUCUGUAGUGUGUACUCUUCACAUCCCAGACACUUACCCAUACUCUGGCAGCGUCUCCCUGGAGAACGUCGUUGGUGACACUUCAGACAUUGCCAUGGAUCAGAUACAAGCUCCCAAAGACAACACUUUGACUGGAUGGAUUCUUUAUCUGGAAGACAUCUUCAGCAGACAGACAGUGAUGGACAGUGGAUCAUUCUGAAUGGAAACUAUACAUGCAAAAAUCGCAAAUUUGUUUGUAAAAUUGUUCAAUAUAAUGUAAAUCAUGUAACCCAUACGAGAUCAUCCCUAGUGAACAAAUGUAGCUGAAUAAACUGUAGUAUACUCUGUAAA